CUUGCAAGUGAGACGUUAUUGUGUCACAGCAGGAAGUCCUGACAUCCUAGAGCGCUUGAAAAGGACCUAAUUCCUCAAACCGCAGCAAUCGUGAAGUGGGGACCCACUUGAAUCACGCACCCACAUGAAAAUUAACAGCGCUCCCCCGGACCUUCAUGGCCUCUACCAGAGCCUCCAGAGUUCCCACCCUCUACCGGCCCUGACGUCACAGGUCCAGGUUCGAGACCAGCCGCCGUUUGCCCAUCGCCAGGGUCAAGAGCGCAGGGAGGACCGGCAGAGGAGGACCAGGAGCCUUAAGUUUAACGCCGCCCAACACACCUAGCGUCCAUGUCACACGUCCCCGCGGCUGGCUCAUGGAAGUUCUGAAGGUGCAGGCCCACCUGGAGAACCCCACCAAGUACCACAUCCAGCAGGCUCAGCGGCAGCAGGUGAGGCAGUACCUGUCCACCACUCUGGGUGGCAAAGCCGGCAGCCAGUGCCCCAGCCAGCCCCCCGAGCACGGCAUGCCGCCCGGCCACGGCAGCAGUGCCCCCAACAGUCCCAUGGCCCUGCUCACCCUCAGCUCCAACUGUGAGAAAGAGAUGGAUGAUGUCAUUGAUGAUAUUAUUAGCUUGGAGUCGAGUUACAACGAAGAUGUUCUUGGACUUAUGGACCCAGGACUCCAAAUGAACAACCCGCUCCCUGUGUCCGGAAACCUUCUCGAUGUCUACGGCAACCAAGGACUUCCACUCCCGGGCCUCGGUAUCAGCAACUCCUGUCCAUCCAGCAUUAAGAGAGAAUACACAGCUCCUGGCAUGAAGCAAGUAUUGGAAAAGCCUGAUGCCUGUAGCCUGUAUGAAAACUAUCAAAGGCAAGAGGGCUUUCCAGUAGAGGCUGAAGUCCGUGCUCUUGCUAAAGAGAGGCAGAAAAAAGACAACCACAACUUAAUUGAACGAAGGCGGAGAUUCAACAUCAACGAUCGCAUCAAAGAACUGGGAACCUUGAUACCCAAGUCCAACGAUCCAGACAUGCGCUGGAAUAAGGGCACCAUUCUCAAAGCCUCAGUGGACUACAUCAGGAGGCUACAGCGGGAGCAGCAGAGAGCCAAGGAGCUGGAGGGCAGACAGAGGAAGGUGGAGCAUGCAAACCGCCAUCUGAUGCUUCGUAUACAGGAGCUGGAAAUCCAGGCCCGUGCCCAUGGUCUUACAGUGGUGACUUCCUCGUCUGUCUGCACAUCGGACUUGAUAGGGCGAGCCAUUAAACAGGAGCCCGUCCUUGGCGAAUGCCCUGCGGAUCUCUACCAACAUGUCUUGGGUCCCGACAUGUCCCCUCCGACUACGCUGGACCUCAACAACGGCACCAUCACCUUCGACCAGAUGCCUGCAGACGGCGGGGACUCUGGUCUCUAUGGGACCUCCAGGACCUGUAACAUGAAGGAUUUGGUAAGGGACACCCUGUCGCCGAUGUCCCCAAGUGAUCCCCUGCUGUCCUCGAUGUCCCCGGACGGCUCCAACGCCAGCAGCCUCCACAGUUCCAGCUCGAGUAUGGAGGAGAAGGAGCACGGCUGUUAGCUCACUGACACUUUCUAUUUCCCAUAAAGUGACUUAAAGGUCUCCACAUGACCUCCAUUAUAAACUCUAUUUUUUAUCUUGAAUCCAUAUUUUUCUUUUACUUUUUGCCAAUUCAUUGCUGUAUGUAAAUGCACCUGAGGUAUUUUUGUUCCUCGACUGUACACUGUAUUUUACUUUGCUAUAUAUCGAUGCUGUGUAGAUGGACAUAUAUAUAUAUAUAUAGAUGGAUAGAUAUUGUUGUAUUUUAGUAAAACUAUGGUUGAAAAUAUGCUUUGUAUUGAAAUGUCCAUGGAGAUAACACACAGAUGUGCAAAUGUAUUGGUAGUUAAGCACAAUAUGUGUAUUGUAAUAUUAACAAAGAAAUCGAAUACUUUCAGAAUAUUUGAUUUCUGAUUUAUGUCAAUGUAACACUGGUAAACUUAGGUUGGUUCCAUUGCAAUAAAAUGCACAAAACACAAAAAGUUAUUUAAAUAUUUAAGGACCAAGUAGCAAAUAUUAUUGCAUAUUAUGAAUGGUUUCUAAAUAUAUUUAUGUAUAUAUUCGUUUUUUCACCCCAUGCUUUUAAACGUAUUCUGAAGAAAUCAAAUCGGAAAUAUUAUUGAUGUUAAUAUUAGGUAUUAUAAUAUUAUCUUUUUUUAUUUAAUGAGAGCUGAUUUUGUUGUUAUUUUAAUUAAUAUUGUAUCACAAACACAUUAUUUAUCUAUUCCUAUUCUAACAUGAUUUUUGUACACAUUUUGAAGGCAAAUGAGUAGUCUAUGAUAAUAUUGGGUAAAUAUAGGGUACAAUUACCUCAUGUUGAUAAUGUACCACAGCUUUUUUUUUAACUGUGGAUACAAAAAGAAAAGAUAAAUAAAGCUUUGUUUUGUGUCCACUGAUGACAAAAGCACUAUA